AUGAAAGGGUUGGAGUAUAGUGAAGAACAUGAGCAACAGAAUUUGAAAUCAUUAACAGAAUUGCCUGAACCACCUUUAUCUGAUUUGUGCACUGAAGAAGCUGAUCUGCAUGUCACACUGGAUUGUACAGACUAUGAGUUGGUCCAAACAUCAUCUGUGGGAGAAAAUGAACCACCUCCUUCCGAUGGUCCCGAAGAUCUUAGAGAGCUACUGAAAAAAACACUAGAAUUCUGCUUGUCCCGGGAAAAUCUUGCUAGUGAUAUGUACUUAAUCUCCCAAAUGGACAGUGACCAGUAUGUGCCAAUUAUGACAGUGGCAAAUCUCGACCAUGUGAAAAAACUCAGCACUGAUAUUGACCUUAUUGUAGACGUAUUGAGAUCAUUGCCUUUAGUCCAAGUUGAUGAAAAAGGUGAAAAAGUCAGACCAAACCAGAAUCGCUGCAUUGUGAUAUUGCGGGAAGUACCAGAAUCUACACCAGUUGAAGAGGUGGAGUUGCUCUUUAAAGGAGAUAACUUGCCCAAGUUUAUCAGCUGUGAAUUUGCCUACAAUGAUAACUGGUUCAUCACAUUUGAAUCAGAAGCUGAUGCACAGCAGGCAUAUCAGUAUCUGAGAGAAGAAGUGAAAACAUUUCAAGGAAAGCCAAUUAAGGCACGAAUAAAAGCAAAAGCAAUUGCUAUCAAUACUUUUUUGCCAAAGAAUGGGUUCAGACCUUUGGAUGUUAAUGUCUACUCACAGCAGCGUUACACAUCAUUUUACUUUCCUGCAGUAUACAGUCCUCAGCAGCCUUUUCCAUUAUAUAGUCUCCUGACUCCAAAUGCAUGGACUAAUACACACAACUACUUGGAUCCAGCUUGGGUUUCACCAUUUGCAAGUACUGGAUUUAUUAAUGGAUUUACUUCUUCAAACUUUAAACCUGCUGCAUCACCUUUGACUUCUCUCAGACAGUAUUCUCCAAGAAGUAGAAAUCAGAAUAAAUCUCAUAUGCGGCCUACAUUACCUAAUUCUGACAGAGGACCUGGACUCCUUGAAAGCCCUACCAUUUUCAACUUCAACACUGACCGUCUGAUGAAUGGUGUUCGGAACCCGCUGCCAAGACAGCCAGGACAGAACAGGACACGGAUACAGAGCACUUCAAACUACAAUAAGAGAGAUGCUGGCACGGGGAGAGUUGAACAGAGUAAUGUGGAACUUUCAACCUGUGCUGGAAGAGGAAGGAAAAACUCUUACGGAUUUAGGAAGAAAAGGGAAGAGAAAUUUAUAAGAGGGCAAGCACCGUCUCCACCUCCUCCAAAGCCACCAUCUCCAAGCUUUGAAUUGGGGCUUUCUAGCUUCCCUCCUCUGCCUGGUGCUGCUGGCACUCUGAAGACAGACGAUCUGUUUGAAAGCAGGUUAUCCAGUACUGCAGUAGGAAUGCCAAAAGAAAAGAACGUGAAUGUGGAUGUAAGUACCAGCACAGUCUCUUCAGGAAUUCUGAAAGAACCAUUACCACCAGCUUCUUCUGUACUGCCAGGGAAUCUAGAAGGUUCUGUUUCUCCAUCUCUCUCUCCAGAUGAAUCAAGGGGCACAGAGUGUAAACCUGCAGAAACGCAAAUCAUAGAAAGACUUAAUUCCACCAUCACUACUGUAAGCAAAUCGGUCCAAGUUAAUGGUGCUGCUACAGAACUUCGAAAACCAAGUUAUGCUGAGAUAUGUCAGAGAACUACUAAAGACGCACUUGCAUCCCUACCACAGAAGGAACAGAAGUCCAACACUGUACUCGCUAAUGAAGACAGAAAAAAUGCAGAAGCAUCAGCUGACAAAAGUAGAGAGCAGUCUUCUGCAAAGGGAACACCAGGACGGCCCAAAGAACAGCGUCGCCAGGCAGGACACAGAUCACCUCCUUUGUCUGUUGGAAAGCACUCAAACAAAGAGCAGACUGCACCCCCAAAAUCCCCUCUGUAAAAUUUAUGAAUUCUGAUGGAGGAGAGUACUACUGGAUAUUUCAGAUGUUGACACCAGAUUUUUUUCUAAUUGGAGCACAGAGCAAAUAAAAUUGUUCGUCACUAUUUUUAAUAUAUAAGGCCUCACUUUUUUUUUUUUUUUUUCAGGGAUAACAGAGUAUGCCUUGAAAAUUGAGGACUAAAGCUAAACAUAUUUCAGACUGCUGCAGUGAUUCUUUCAUAGCUUCAUUUUUACUAGUUAACAUGCAGUAGUGAAAAGAGCAAGCAGCAGUGGAUGUUCUCAAAAGUAUUUUAGCAGAUCUUUGGUUUUACCAGUUCAUAAGGUUCAGUGUUGGAGAACGUCACAAAUACAUUUACUUGACUGAUUUGAGAGUAGUUUUCCCCUUUACAUACAUGUUGCUUGAAUAUCGUUAUUAAUGUGCAAAUGUGCAUUUCUGAGAACUUUAGAGCUAUAUUUAUUUUAAAGAUACUAAGGCUGCAAGAAUUGCCUUGAUAUUAAAUAAUGCAGCAUUAUUUUUUCAGCCUUUUUUUAAGGAAAGUUCAUCCCAAAAAAUCAUUAUAACUGCUAUCAGCUUUAAAACAUAAAACUCUAAAUUGGAACAACAUUGUUUACUUUUAUGUUUUGACUUGUUUGUUCAACUGGGGGCCAUCACUUUACUGCAUUGGUUAUAAAUUAGUUCAUUACUCAUCAGCGUUUAUUACUGUUUUCCCAAAAGUGCAUAUUUCCGUUGCAGUAAUGCACUUUUACUUGCUCAUACCAGCUCUUCUGCUUUACAAAUCCUGCUGUUCAGUAUUAAGCACACUGGAAGUAGAGUAGUAUUGUUUCAAGUUCCGGAGCUGGUACUGACAGGACUUUCUCUGUACUCUCUACACAUCCCAAGUGCUCUUUUUUAAAUAUAAUCUGCAUGUGGUUGGUGUCUUCCUGUACUUUGACCAUUGGCAUUUAAAGUAAAAAUUUGAAGCACUGUAGUGGUACUAUUACAUUACACGUACCUCCUCCUUACUCUGGAACCCUGCAUUCCUUGUCCUGAAUGAGGUUUCUCACAUUUCAUGUAAUACUAACCAUUUUGGAGGACAGUGAUGCACUAAUUCUUCAAGCUUAUCACAAUGCUGAAGCUGUAAACUGUUUUUGUUUAUAAUACUUACAGAAAACUUUCUGUAUAAUCCUGAACAGCAGUUUUUGCAAGAGUAACUAAAUAAUGCUAAUAAUUAUAUAGCUUUUCCACAAAAUGUUUAUUUAAGGAAAUUAUUUUCAGUUUUACUUUUAAGAGAGCGAUUUCCAUCCAAUAUUUAAAAAAAACUUGAAUUUUAUUUAAACUUGAAAAUGACUUUGCCUUAACUUUUGUAUAAGACAGUUUAAGAGUUUAUUAAAUCUGAGCCCUUAAGGGUUAGCGUGAGUGAAAUACAGGAUUACUCAGUGUAAUCUAUUUCCUGGGUAAAAAAAAAUGCAAGAACUAGUGGUAUUUUUUGUAAUAUACAUUUAAGAUCUUAAUUAUUUGAUCUUUUUUUUCAGAUCGUUGAAAAAAAUCCUGUAAAUGCAAAUGGUUAAUACUGUAUUAAAUAUGUGCACUUGAAAGUAUUUGCUUUGCUUGUACAGAUGUAAAUAAUUAGAACAUAUAAAAAGGUACCCUAAGGAAACAUAUUGUUGAUAAUAUAAAUGAUGUUGAGCUGGGUGUAGAUAAAGCUAAGUGCUGAGUAGUUUCUUAUUUUUUUUUCCCUUUUGUUAUUUUUUUUAUUAACUCUGGUGUGCUGAACUGACUGCCUUCUCACUGCUUAAGGGGGAUGGGUAGGGUUUAUUUUAAUUUUUCUACUGCAAAUCUAAAAAACGUUUUCUGCUUUCUUAUUCAUGCACCCAUUUUAACUGACUUAAAGAUGGUCUUUAACAGAUGAAGUCUGGCAGGCACUGUUAUUCUAAAUGUUUUUUUUAGUAUUUGGUAUCUUAGCACUAAGUUUUUGCUGCAGUACUGUCAUUUAUCACCAUAUGGUGCCCAGUGUUCUUGAAGACCACUGUUUUGAAAACUGAAAUGUCAAACAUCAGCUUACUGAAUCCUCAGUGCUUGGUAGAGAAGCUGUCCAGUGCCUGCAUGUAAACAUGGCAACUGGUCACUGCUAUGUCCAACCUGUUUAAAACAAAUUGCAGUAUCAGUGUGGACCAGACUAUAUAUAAUUUGUUUACUUGAAGGGCUGUAAAAGGAGAGUAUUUAGAUUUGAAAUUAGUCAUUUACUCGUAGGUGACACUGUAUGCAUUUUUAAACAUUAAUUUUGUAUAUACCCAGUUUUUGAACUGAUAUGAUCAUGAGGGAACAGAGAUUCACUAAACCACUUGAGACAGAUUUUUUUUCCAUAUUCAUCCCCAUACUUAGUCCCCUUAGUAGUGAAUAUGGCAGUUUGACUUGUACUUGGUUAAAGCCAACUGCUUUUUUUUUUUUUUUUUUUUUUUUUUUUUUUUUUUUUGUAGCAGCUGAUGAAAGUGCAGAUAUCAACAGCUGCAGUAAAUGGGCAAAAAACAGUAUACUAUAAUGUACAUCAGGUCAUUGGGUGAGACCAACAUUACCUGUUACAGUACUUAAUGUAUGCUACUGCCAGUUCUUUGGAGAUGUAAUACUGUAACCAUUACUUUCCUGCAGCCGUCAGUCAAAAAUAAAAAAAUGUAGCUUAGCUUAAUAGUGUAUUGUUUUUUUCUUAAAAAAAAUAAAUGCUAAAUGCCAAAUAGUCAAUAAAGAAGUAUACAUUGUACCUGUAUUACAUUUCUGUUGUUUUUUAAUAUAUUCUACAUGCUGGCAUAGCUGAACAAGACUGAUAUAGGGCUGCAGAUUGACAGAUAUUGCCUUGCAUAGAGCAUUGGAAGUGCACUAUUUUUUGGAGGGUGGGGCUAAGUUAUCAUUCUGUGCCAUUGAUGGAACACAAGAAUUGUAGUAACUACAGCCCUAGUAUACGUAACAAAAGCUACUUUUCAAGAAUCUCAUUUGAAAAGGAGUGUGUUACAGUGUAAAGCUAAAUGAAAGACUAACAAAUUGCAGACUUUCCAUGUCCUGGAACCUUCUGUUUCUUAAGUUUUUUCAUAAGUUUAUUUAUUUACAGUAACUUUAGAGUAAUGCCUAUGACUUAGAAGCAUGAUGAGUAGGUACUGUGUAGAUCAUUUAGUGCAGCAGAUCUUAGUAUUUAGGUAUUGGAAUGAAGGAAUGAAUCAUCCUUUUGCUGUAAAUGGAAUCAUGUAGGUUCCAACAUUUGAGGUUUUUUUUCUCAUUUUACCCGAUUAACAUCUGUUCAUGAAACUCAGUUACAUAUUGGGAUUCAUCCAUGCAAAGCCUGCAAAACAUGUAGCUUUCUUUUAAACUUUACACUUUGAAUGCUGUGCUCAGUUUCAUGUAAUUGUAAGGAUUUUGUGGCACAUUGUCUUAUAUGGGGGGAAAAAAGUACAGCUGUCCACUUUGAAAUCUAAAUAAUAAAAUAGACAUGUUUGUAUGCAGUGAUGUCAUUGGAGAAGCAUUGUUUCUUACCACUUUGUUAGGAAAGCUAAGUUUAAAACAAGCAUAUAUCGUUUUUGUAUUGUAUAAAUGAAGCGGGUAUUGUGCAUUGUUUUCAUAACAUGGUUUACACGUGCACAAUGAAGGAUUUGUUUUGUUGCAUUGAAUAAUACCUGGAUUAAAGCAGUCCUUGUAACAGCUGUGUAGCUGUAUCAUGCAUACAAAUGGUGCAGUCUUCUUAUGCUUAUUUGUUCUCUUAGGCACUUUGCUGUUUUUUCAUAGAGGACAGUUGUAUACAUUACUUUUUCGUUGAAUGAUGCACAAUAAUUCAACUGUGAGGUUUAAACCCACAAUACUGUUUAAAUUUUUAAUACAUUUUAAAAUAUGGCCCAUUUACUUAACCUUCAACAUAGUGUAGUAUCUAGGGAUUUUGUAGUUCACAGCCUUGAAUGCUUAGCAGCAUCGUAUGUCAUUUCAGAUGUUGUAUGUUGUCUGAAUAUGUUAACUUUACCAGUUGUCUUUAAGCAAGUGUGCUGUCUGAAGGUUUCAUCGUAUUUAAGUCCCAAGGACUUGUUUUAAAUGCAAAGUGAUACACAACAAGAGUGACAGCAAGCUGUAAUGGUGCAUGCCUUUACCUGUUUGCCUGAUUAAGUAAGCUGAGGAUCUCUGUGCUUUGUAACACAUUACACUAACAGCUGUGAACAGAUGAGAAUAUAAACAGUUAACAGCAAGAAAUGCUUUGAAAUAAAAGUAUAUUAUGGAGUUUUUGAGGGUUUUCAUUUUAUUUUUACUUCCAUUAAAACUGGAAUCAAGCUUACAUGUAAACUUUGGGUAAUUGUGUCAAAAUGUAAAACUUGUCUAAUUUGAAAAUAUGUAGGCUAUGAAAAAAUAAAGAUUUAGACACUGUUGAACCAUA